CCGCCUCUCCCUGGGUCCCGGCAAUGGUACCGCCCCCGGCCAGCCCCGCCCUCCACCGCGCCCCUUUCCCCGGUGGACCCCGCCCCACAGUCCGCUGGUGCGGCUCGGCGCCCCUCCCCGUGGUUGUGCUUGUCUAUAAAGUUGUUGUUGAGGCAGCGGGGUACUAAGAUGGCGGCGGCAGCGGCGGCCGUGGCGGGGGCGGGGCGCGGCGAUGGCGCGGAGCCCCAGCAGGAGCGCAGCCGGGCCCGGAGCUGGGCCGGCGCCGAACGCAGCGAAGGCCGGAGGAUGGAGCCAGGUGAGGAGCUGGAAGAAGAAGACUCCCCAGGUGGUCGUGAGGACGGCUUCACCGCUGAGCACUUAGCAGCAGAGGCCAUGGCAGCUGACAUGGACCCUUGGCUGGUGUUUGAUGCUCGCACCUCACCUGCCACUGAACUGGAUGCCUGGUUGGCCAAGUACCCACCAUCACAAGUUACCCGCUAUGGGGACCCUGGUUCACCCAAUUCUGAGCCUGUAGGCUGGAUUGCAGCCUAUGGUCAGGGCUACACCCCUAACUCAGGUGACGUGCAGGGCCUACAGGCAGCUUGGGAGGCUCUGCAGACCAGCGGGCGACCCAUUACACCUGGUACCCUGCGCCAGCUGGCCAUCACCCACCAUGUGCUCUCAGGCAAGUGGCUGAUUCACCUGGCACCUGGCUUCAAGCUGGACCAUGCCUGGGCUGGCAUUGCCCGAGCUGUGGUUGAGGGCCGGCUUCAGGUAGCUAAGGUGAGCCCACGGGCCAAGGAGGGUGGGCGCCAGGUCAUCUGUGUUUAUACUGAUGAUUUCACGGACCGCUUAGGUGUACUGGAGGCAGAUUCAGCCAUCCGUGCAGCAGGUAUUAAGUGCCUGCUCACCUACAAGCCAGAUGUCUACACCUACCUGGGCAUCUACCGUGCCAACCGCUGGCAUCUCUGCCCUACUCUCUAUGAAAGCCGUUUCCAGCUUGGAGGCAAUGCCCGUGGCUCUCGAGUGCUGGACCGUGCCAACAAUGUGGAACUGACCUAGGGGGGCCAAGUGGAAAAGACUAUUCUCUGCCCCUGUUGCUGGGGAUGGAUCCAGCUGUCUUCCUUCUCCUUGUCCCAAGAAGGCCAAACCCCCCUGUCCCCAAAAGCAAUGAGGAUUAGGUCACUCAGGCACUGCCUGCAUCUUCAGUCUCUUGAGCUUUUGCCCUCUUUUCAGAACUGAUUGCAGGUCCCAGAGCCUGGGCGCUCUGGCUCCCUGAGGGCUGGCAUCUCAGCCUCUUCAGUGCUGCUCUCUUCCACUGCCCAGGACCACAGGUUGGGUGCAGAUACUCAGAAAGAGAGCCUUCCUUGGUCACCCUAACCUCCAACCCUCAUAAAGGGGAAAACAGUGCUUCCAGUCCCUCUUCUUGGAGGCGUAACCCAGGGGACAGGGACCCUGCAGGACUGAGCAUGCCUUUUUUGGAGCGUAGUUAUGCUGUCUCAGCCCCUGGCAGAGGGGAUACAGAGUUGUGGACAUGGGACCUCCCUGCCAACUCAGACCUGCAUCACUUUUCUCCCUUGGCUGCCUUGACAUGUGCCUGCUCCUGGCAUUUCAAUAAAACCCAGUUUGGGUCUGUA